ACAAAGCAGAACUGACUUGUAAAACGCUUCGUCAUCAGGAUUUUUUUUUUCCUCGCCGUUGAGCCCUUUUGUUAGUAUGUCGUUAUCUUUUUUCAUGAAAGACAAUGGGAAUCAUUCGGGAUAGCCGUUUUAAGCCUCGAACAGUUGUGUCGUUGGUGCUUCAGGUCUGGUUUCAAAUAUCGAAUCUGCGACGAGUCAUUUCUCAAGAGAAUCAAGUUCUGCAACAUUGUAACCUGUCAACAAAAGCCGCAGUCCUCUUGCCUUUUAAUGAACACUACAGAGACAAAGAAGCCCUAAAUGGUACCUUGAAAGUGCACAUGUCUAACACUGAAUUUGUUUCCGGAAUCGAUGGCGAGCCAGGCGGGGCCAUUCUCUUUAAAGGAAUCCAAGACUCUUACGUGGAGAUUGAGGCCGACAAGCAGAUCGAUUUCGGUUAUUCCAUGACGAUUCUGUCUCAUAUUUUACCAUCCGUGAGUCACACUGGGCCAAUUGUUCAUUACAAAUCCGAUCAGCACGGAGUACAGAUGUGGGUCCAGGGAACUGUGGCGGAGAAAGGACAGUUGUCUGCGCGAUUCAACCGAAGAAACCUUUCCCAUUCUAAAUGGUUAAAGGCUGAUGUAAUCAAUGUGGGGCAGUGGAAUUAUAUUGGUGCUUCCUACGAUCACGUGACGGGUGAGGCCUCUUUGUAUCACGAUGGAGUCCAUGUCUACAGUGCUUUUAUAGGAAAGAAUAUCUAUUUGGCGACGCAAUACGAGAUCAGGAUUGGUGCCAUGUUAUUAUCAUCUUUGGGGAAAUACAAAGGCAAAGUCGCUUGUAUUCAGUUUUAUUCUAAAGCACUUCAGGAACAGGAAGUUGCGGCGGCGAGGCGCGCUUGUAUACCAGUCGUGCCUUUGCAGUAUCUUUCUCUCAACCUGACCUCACCUUUACACGUGGCGGAAGUGAAUGAAACGAAGUUAAUAGUCAAGGCAAGUGCAAACAUGAAUACCACGAACCCUACCUUCCAGUUUGACUGGGGUGACGGCACAGAAACAUGUAGGAGAGUCUCAGACACAGGUGAUCACAUGUACCGCUUCAUCGGUAACUAUACAUUGCAUGUGCAAGCUUGGACUAUGUGCAACACAAGUACAUUGUCUGCAAAGGCGAACAUAUCUGUUCCUACGCCAGUACUUGUUCUCAGAAAUGUAGCCCUGCAAAGUAACGCAACGGUCUUUGGAGAAGCAACUCAAUUUCGUCUUUUUGUGGGAAGAGGGUCUGACUUUGAAUGUCUUUGGUCACUAGGCGAUCAUGCCAAUGUCACUGCUUAUAUCUCUCGAGCUAAUUCGAGCGCCUUUGUUAGGAAUCAUACCUACUCAGUCCCUGCUGAUUACAAGGUUCUGGUCACUUGUAGAAACAGAAGAAGCAAGUUAACCGCUAGUACUAUUGUUCUUGUUCAAAAUCGUAUCAAGGGCCUUACUGUCUAUCCAAUACCUCCUAUACUGUUUGGAACUGAGUUCAAAGUACGAUGGAGAAUAGACAACGGCACAGGUGUCACGUACAAAGUAACUUUUUCUGCCAUCCCUUUGCAAGUUGCUGCAACUACAGAGUGGGAUUUGUAUGGACAAACUUCUGUAACAUUGCAGGAAUACAAAACUCCGGGAGAAUUUCUUGUUCACGUCUCUGCUUCCAAUGCAGUUACGAAUUGGAUCUCUGCAUGGACAAAAUGCAACAUUUUCCGACCAGUUUUGCCCUUUACACCCAUCGUUCUCGACAGUUCCAGGGAUCUAGAAGUUAAUCAGACUAUCACCAUCUUGAUCACAAAUGUCUCCUCCGUCUCUGGAACAAAUGUGUCGUACCUUGUAAACUUUGGAGACAACAGUAAAGCAAUAGUCACCCAUAGAUCGUAUGUUAAUUACUCGUAUGAUCUGCAUGGUCUUUACACAGUCAGUAUCACAGCAAUGAAUGAAGUAUCCACCUUUAAUACCAGCAUUACCAUCAAGGUUCACAAACCAGUCUUGAAAUUAGAAGGGGCCAGUAUUCCAUUCCUCGUUGCAAAGGUGCACCAAAGUGUUCAUAUUCCAAUAUUCUUUCUGAAGGGGUCUGAUUUUCACUGCCACUGGGAGUUUGGAGACGGACAGGAAAUAAAGAAAAACUCCACUGAGGAACUAGUGUAUUUCAAGGAUCUAAAUGAUAACCUCGAACUCUUCACCAAUGUAAGCAUGUCCGUAAAACAUGUUUUUAAGAGAGUGGGUGUUUAUCAAGUUAUCGUGAAUUGUCAAAACCGUUUGAGUGAAAUGAUAACAAUCGCGUAUGCCAUGGUUCAAUUAGAAAUACAAUCCUUCCAAGUUUCAACUGUCAGUCCAGUUAGGUUUGGGGACACUUUCUCCAUUAAUUGUACCAUUGACGCCGGAACGAAUGUGAGUUUCAAGAUGUACCUAAAUAAUCAAGAACUCGAUAUAAAAAAUCAAGGUUUUUUUAGUGUGGCGCAUGUUACCCCAAGCAUUUACAAACAGGCGAAGAAGCACAACAUAACUGUCACAGCAACAAAUCUCGUCACCCCUUUACUGAGUCACACGCAAGUAGUCACCAUAGAGGUUCCAGUUUCUGAAGUCAAUAUUUCGAUGAAUUAUUUUGAGGGAAGCAGAUUGCAUGCUGGACAUGGUGCAAGCAUGGAUAUUUUCCCUGAAGGAGUUCCAGUCGUAUUUAAUGCCAACGUUGACAAAGGUUCCAGUUUGGAGUACACGUGGUCGAUAAGCAAAGCUACCAUAUACAUUGAACAGAACAGACUCAAGAUUCAGCAUAUAUUCAACGCUCGUGGAAUAUACAUAGUAUCAAUAAGUGUUAGAAAUCAAGUGAGUGAGGCAGUUUCUAUUGCAGUUAUUGCAAUUCAAAAACGUGCAAAAUUCUUGUAUAGGUAUCUCGAAUGCUCUUCACCAAAGGUUAGGAAUGAAACUGUUACCAUACGAGCUACUUUGGAGGCUCUUGGAACAAACUCAACUCUUCUCGUGGAACUAGACAACAUCACGAGAUAUUGGUACGGAGAAGCCGAUGCAAGAAAUAAUCUCAACGCAGCAGCGAAUGAAAUAAAUACGCAGUAUCAGGGAAAUCUUGGAAGGACAACCACAAUCCAUUAUGUCUUUGAAACUCCAGGAGCCCUGUAA